AUGGCUGACCAAAAUUGGCAGGCAUCGAACUCAUUGAUAAAAUGUAUUCGAAUGAUGUAUGAAAAUCACCUUGACGACGGUGACGUCACAUUCAACGUUGGGAGAGAGGGCGCUGUAGUUAAGGCCCACAGGUUUAUUCUGAUGUGUAGGAGCAGCGUUCUGUGUGAUAUGGUCAAAGAUGGAGAGGGUUCACAAACUCUGACCAUCAGAGAAAUAGAGCCAGAUAUAUUUCACCAAUUUUUAGAAUUUUUGUACACAGACAAGACAAGUGUUACCAUGGACAACCUGGAGGAUUUAUUAUUUUGUGCCGAUAAAUUCAAAACGGAUCUUCUAGCGUCACUCUGUCGAACUUCUCUAGUGACAUUUAUUUCAACAAGCUUGGUUUGCAAAGUGAUGGAUAUUGCUCAGCGUUUUAGUGACUCAGAAAUUAUUGAUAUAUGCUUAAAAAAAGUUGACGACGAAAUUCCGAAAUUUCUUUUUACUGAAGAUUUUUUGAGCAUGUGUCCAUCCUGUAUUUACAAGAUUUUCCAACGAGACAGCAUUUCAGCGCCAGAGGAAUUAAUAUUUGAUCAAGUCGUUAAGUGGUCAAAGGAGGAAUGCAGCAGACAAAAUAUUCUAGACACAGGAGAAAACCAAAGAAAAGUGUUAGGGGACAUAUUAAAAGAAAUCCGUUUUCCCAUUAUGGAGCAUCGUUAUUUAAACGAUGUGGUUUGUGAAUCUGGUAUUUUGAAUAAUGAAGAAAAAGUGGACAUAUUGCGACAGCAACUGCAAAUUAAAGAUACAGGUGGAUAUCUGUUCAAAAAGAGAGAAAGGAAGAAGCAACCAACAAAACUGAUGAUAAGUAGCACAACUCGAAGACAACUAUUUGCCAGCAUCCAAAGAUACAGCUUAAAUGACAAUGAAGGGCUUACAUUGUCUGUAAAUUACGCUGCCGUUUUAGUUGGAGUUUAUCUAAAUUUCGAAAGUUUCGUAGACGAGGAUGAUAUCGAAAAUGUCGUCGUCAAGCUGUCGCAGAAAGAUGACCAAAGUUCACAAAGAUUCGCCGUUCCUCUUUCGGAGUGCAAAGCCGAUAAAUACGUAAAGCUAUAUCCUCGUUACCUAAUAAAACUUUCUGGAAAUAUAGAAUACAUCAUAUCGAUAGCUUUUUACUAA